AAGAAAUACAAAGACAUGGCUUCCACAUUCUUGGUUUAGCUAUGCUUUGGUUCUUCCUUAAAUACCUCACUCUAUACUUGAUACCAACCUCACUCACUUUCAGCUUCAGAAUUCAGACAGAUUCAGAAUUCAGAUAUGCCUUCAUUUAUGGAUAUUCAAGUAGCAAAUGAAUAUGAUUUCCCCAUCUCACUUCACACAAAUGACAAACCCAAAUCUUUUGAUCCCAUAACAAUUCCUAUCCCUUUUCCACCCUCAAAGAAGUUCUUAAGCAACAGUGUUCCAACUUCAGCAAUCUCAUCACCAAGAUUUGCAUCAAAUUUAUCCAAGAAGAAGGGGAAAAACCAACCUUCUCCUCUCUCUAACACCCCUUUGGCUAGGCAGCAUUCUGUGGCACUAGCAAAUCUCGAACGGCUCAAAGAAAACCACUUGCGCAGGAGCAUGUCAUUGGGUGUAGAAAGAUCAAGAUCAAGCGCGCCACCGGAAAAACAUGCUUUUGGGUUGACAAAAGUCAAUAGUGUUAAACAUGUUGAGGAAAGCAAAGUUAGCAGAGUUCAUAAGUCUAGUGGUGGUGGUGGUGAAGAUAAAAUGGAGUCUUGUGAGGAGAAGUUUAAAUGUGGAGCUAUGUGUUUGUUUAUUCCUGGUAUAGGAAAAGCAAAACAAGUAAAAGCCAGAAGGGAAGUAACUGGUAUAUGUGAGAAUAUGGGAGAAAAUGUUUCAAGAAAAGUGUCAUUGGAGAAAUUUGAAUGUGGAUCAUGGACAUCAUCAGCUAUAAUCAACUCAAGUGAAGAUGAAGAAAGUGAAUCCAAUCUCUUCUUUGAUCUACCAAUGGAAUUAGUCAGGUGCAGUGUGAGUGACACUCACUCCUCAGUGACUACAGCAUUUGUUUUUGACAAGGAGACAAAAGGGGUCCUCAAAAACACCACAGCAAAAACAACUGAUAGAAAAUCCGAUGAGUCAAGACGCCAUGUUCGGUUUUCUACAUCGUCCCCUGACUCUGACUCGCCCAAAUCCUGCGUAACUCCACGCCUUCACAAGGCGAGGGAAGAUUUCAAUGCCUUCCUAGAAGCCCAAUGUGUUUGAUCGAUCAAUUGCGGACUCAACCACAGGUUUUGUAGUCGGCAGAAUCCAGUGUUUCGAGGUCGAACCUUAUAUAUAUUUGCAAAAAACAGAUAAAGGUAGAGUUAGAUAUGCAUUUCAGAAUUCACAAUAUUUAAAUUCUGAAUCCGCCAUGGUCCAUGACCAUGACCUUAAAUACACAAACUUAGAUCAUGUAUUGUGUAUGGAUAAAACAUUUUCCCCUUUCUUGAGAAGAGUCAAAGGAGCAUCUUUCUACUUUAUCAUGUAGGUAUAUAAUGAAUUGCUUUAUCUUCUUAAAAAGAUCCUUACUAUGUUUAGCUAAGUGGUGAAAUGGAGAGAGAAAUGAUCUUUA